AUGGUUGGCGGUCCCCCUCCCAUCAAUACCGGUGCUCCUGUCUCCGGCUACCCUCCUCAGAUGCAUGCCCCCCCGGGCUCGCAACCUCCCCCGGGGGUUGCUGGUGGUCCUCCUGGCUACGCUGGUUACCCGCCGCCUGCUCCCGCUCCUCAACAGACCAACGCUAUGCAGUCUUAUGGCAGGCCGGCUGCUGAAGUCGAAGGGAACAGCAGAAGUAAGGCACAGUUAAUCGUCGGAAUUGACUUUGGUACAACGUUUUCUGGUGUCGCUUUUGCGUUUGCAACAAAUAACGAGGCGAAGGAGGAUAUUAUCACAGAAUGGCCUGGCGCUGGAUCCUACACGAAGCAGAAGAUACCUACUGUUCUUUACUACGACCAAUACCAGAAGGUUGUUGGAUGGGGCCCAGAUAUUGCUGAUGCCCUGGCACCUACAGGCUACCCGAAACCUGGUGUCCAAAAGGUCGAAUGGUUCAAACUCCAGCUUAUGCUGUCGGGUAACACUUACAUCGACCCCAUUAACCUUCCGCCACUACCUCCCGGAAAGUCGGAAAUCGAUGUGGCCGCAGACUACCUGUUUAAGCUGCGGCAAGCUAUGCGCACGGCGCUACAGAAGACACUGGGUGAGGUAUUUAAUCGAGAGGAACGAAAUAUUCGCUACUACCUGACUGUCCCGGCUAUUUGGAACGAUGCUGGCAAGGCUGCUACGCGAGCUGCCGCUAUCCAGGCCGGCUUCCUCAGGGAUGAGAACGACAACAGAUUAACACUCGUUAGCGAACCCGAGGCCGCAUCGCUGUUCUGUGCCAAGGCUGGCUUGCUUAAUUUGAAGGUUCACGACGCUAUCUUGAUUGUCGAUUGCGGUGGUGGUACUGUCGAUUUGAUUGCAUAUGAAGUCGAGGAUGAGAAUCCAUUCACAGUCGCGGAAUGCACGGCAGGCUCUGGCGACUCUUGUGGCUCCACUGCCCUCAACAGGAAUUUUAGUAACAUUCUACGCACCAAGAUCCGAAAGAUGAAAUUACCAGACGGAUCUAAGACGGCUGGUCGCGUGUACGCCAAAUGUAUUAUGGAUUUUGAGAACAGAAUCAAGGCCGAUUUCAGGAAUAACGGCCAAAAGUGGGCUGUUGAUGUUGGUAUUGAGGCUGAAUUCCCCGAAGCCGGUAUCGAAGAAGGUUACAUGACUUUUACUAACGAGGAAAUUCUUCAAUGUUUCGAACCCGUCGUAAACCGGAUUUUGGAGCUCGUACGAAACCAAAUCAUCGCCAUCCAAGCCCAAAACAGGACGCUACAAAACAUUUUGGUUGUUGGUGGUUUUGGUGCUUCCGAAUACCUCUUCCAGCAGAUCAAACUACACGUGCCUCCCCAGUUCCAGUCCAAGGUCGUGCGACCUAUGGACUCCGUUGCCGCCAUUGUUAAGGGAGCCGUCACCGCAGGUAUUACCGAGAGGGUUAUCACGCACCGUGUAGCUCGUCGCCAUUAUCUUAUGGCAACUCUGCAGCCCUUCAAGGAGGGCUACCAUCCCGAAGCAUAUCGUGUGCCAUCUCUAGACGGCAAGGACAGAUGCAAGUUCACUCGGCAGAUUUUUGUCCAAAAGGGCCAGAAAGUCAAGAUCGGCGAACCGGUCAAGGUAUCUUUUUUCCGACAGGUGGCCCCGGGUGCUACGCUUAUGUACGAAGACAUCCUGUACGCUUGUGACGAGGAUGUCUGCCCUGAGUACACCAAAGAUCCUCGCACGAGCCGUCCUUUAACCAAGUAUGAGAAUGCCAUCCCCUUGAUCAUUACCAACAACUGCGGCGAUACAAUAUGGCCGGGAAUUGGAACUCAACAUGGGGAUCCUCCAGACUCUCACGGUUUCGAACUCAAGCCUGGCGAGACGAAAGAACAAACAGUCGGUCCAACAUGGCAGGGCAGAAUCUGGGGACGUACCAAUUGUACCACUAGUGGGGACACGGCAACAUGUAAGACUGGUGAUUGUUUUGGUAAAUUAGAUUGUGAGUAUGGGGGUGCUGUACCUGUUACUCUUGCUGAAUUCAAUCUUGCUGGUGGCUCAACUGGCAGACAGACCUUUUACGACAUUUCACUUGUCGAUGGUUAUAAUCUGCCAAUAGCAAUAGUCUAUCAUCCAGCAGACAACACGUCAUACAUCCCACCAAAUCUAGUCAAUCCUUCAUGCAUUGGAACAUCCGGGUACCUCGCUCCCUAUAGCGAGACCGGACUCGCCUAUACUAACUCGACCUAUCCUAUACCGUAUGAAGAUAUACAGUCCAACGCAGAUUUAAGCAAUUGGUGUCCUUGGGACCUCCAGGCCUUCCUUCCAGAGAAACCUGGAGAUGGCGUGUAUCCAUAUCCAGACGACACUCUACAUAGGCCUAUUUUUGACCCGUGCAAGAGUGCCUGCGCCGCUAAUAAUGACCCCGAGGACUGCUGCACCGGCGAAUACGAUGACCCGUGGGUCUGUGAGCCCAGCCAGUAUUCGUAUAAUGCCAAGGCUAUGUGCCCUGACGCAUACAGCUAUGCGUUUGACGAUCAGACCUCCACGUUUGUCAUUCCCAGCGGAGGUGGAUGGGAAAUCGUGUUCUGUCCGGUAGGGCGAAGUACUACUAUAUUGGCAACAUUCACGGACGAAUUACACAAGAUUGCCGAAAGUGGGCAAGUAACCCAGGAUAUCAAGCUCAAGGCUAUGAACGUGAGCUAUAUCCAAUCAAAACAGAGUACAGCAGCUGAUAUCCGGGUGUCCAUGGUUGGGUUGGUAUUAACUGUCGUGUUGAUGGUCAGUAGUAUACUGGCUUAA